UUUUUUUGCCGUCUUUGUUUCUCUCGUCCUACCAUCGUUGGUGGUAUAGUCAUUGCACUUGUAUUUCCUUACCCUCGCACUUAGAGUACAGGUUGCGGAUACAAAACCUAGAUCUGGUUACCCAUACCAGCGAAAAUGCAUCUCCGCCGGGACAUGAGUGUUGAUGAGCAUGUUGGUGGAGAGACAACGAACGGUUAUCAUGGCGAUUUGGAGGUGGAUGUUUUGAUCGUUGGCGCGGGUUUCGGCGGCGUCUACCUGCUACACAAACUGCGUGACGAGUUUGGAUACAACGUCAAGAUAUUUGAGGCUGGGAAGGACCUGGGUGGUAUCUGGCAUUGGAAUGGUUAUCCCGGCGCUCGUGUCGACUCUAUGGUUCCUGUAUACGAAUACAGUAUCGAGAAGCUUUGGAAAAACUGGACCUGGACUGAGAAAUAUCCCGACUUCACAGAGCUCCGGAAAUACUUCAAGUAUGUGGAUGAGCAGCUCGGUGUUCGCAAAGACGUCAUCUUCAACUCACGAGUCGUGGACGCUCAAUUCGACAAGCCUUCCGCUAGGUGGAUUGUCAAAACAGAAGAUGGCCGCAUUGCCAGAUCAAAGUUCUUCAUUGUAGCGACGGGGUUUGCUGCAAAGCGCCAUUUCCCCGACUGGCCCGGUCUCGAAAAGUACCAGGGAAUAAUGCAUCACUCUUCGUUCUGGCCGAAUGAAGGAGUCGACGUGACUGGAAAGCGGGUAGCCGUCGUUGGUACUGGCUCUACUGGCAUCCAAAUCGCGCAAGAGUGGGCUAAGACUGCCAAAUCCGUCACGGUCUUCCAGCGGACACCUAAUCUUUGCUUGCCCAUGCGGCAAAGAAAAUUGGCGAAAGAGGAGCAGGAAGCCAACAAAAAGAACUAUCCAGAGAUGUUCAAGUACUGUCAGACAACCUUUGCCGGCUUCCCGAUGGACUUUUAUGAUAAAGACACACUUGACGAUUCCCCCGAAGCGCGCGAGAUGUUCUUCGAGUCGCUCUGGGAGAAAGGUGGAUUCCACUUCUGGCUCGGCAAUUACAGGGACAUGCUGUUCGACGAGAAGGCAAAUGAGGAGUCGUACAAGUUCUGGGUAAAGAAGACUCGCGCUCGUAUCUCGGAUCCAGUCAAGCGUGAUCUACUCGCUCCGUUGGAGAAGCCGCAUCCGUUUGGGACCAAGAGGCCGUCUCUCGAGCAAAACAUCUACGAAGUGCUGGACCAGCCCGAGAAUGAGGUCGUCGAUGUCCGCGCAACGCCCAUCAUCGAGUGUACGGAGACAGGCUUGAGAACGUCCGACGGCAAGCUACGCGAGUUUGAUGCGAUCGCACUGGCGACGGGCUUCGACAGCGUGACAGGAGGCAUGAAGACGAUGGGCCUCAAGGACGUUGAUGGUGUGGAGCUCAGCCAGAAGUGGAAGAACGGCACCUACUCGCACCUUGGUAUGACGAUUUCCGGUUUCCCGAACAUGUUUUUCUUGUAUGGCGCGCAGGGCCCGACUGCAUUCAGUAACGGCCCUUCAUGCGUCGAAUGUCAGGGCGACUGGAUCCUCGACGCCAUGGCGAAAAUGAAAGAGGAAAACAUCAGCUACAUUGACGCGACGCGGGCGGCGGAGUUGGACUGGCAUGACAAGAUCGAGAAGCUGAGCAAGGCGACGCUCUUCCAUAACGUGGACAGCUGGUAUAUGGGAGCCAACAUAGCUGGAAAGGUCCGAGAACAAUUGAGUUUUUCGGGUGGGUUUCCGCUGUAUACCAAAGAGUGCCGCAAGGCGCUGGAUAACGGGUUCGAGGGCUUCGUCACGGCAUAGGGAGGAGCGGAAGGCGUUGGAGGUUGGAAUUUGACUUUUAAGACGAUUGGAAUGGAGUGACCUUGUACGUAGCUGGCUUUGUGCGUAAUGUAAAGUCAGUCACCGUGAAGCGAGAUAGAAGAAGAGGCCUAGUAAGAUGUGUAGAGUCAGUAUGUGCUCUAAGACCUUUUCACCCAUACCCAAAACUCGGGCUGGGAGCUAGGCAAGGAGUACUCUGUAGGGACUACUUAUAUCGUCCCCUGUCUCGCUGUCUCGCUAUAUGGUGGAUCUCGGUUCGCGGUGACGGACGU